UUUUUUUUAGAUUGGCAACAUUUAUUUAACGUUCGCGGCGAGCGUGCGACAUGACGCGCCGGUGAAUUUAGAAAUAUUGAAUUGACGUAAAUUCCGUGUGCAUUUAUUUUAAAAAGAUUUCACAAUGGCCGAUCAGGUUGACUCAAUGUCAGAUGCCGAGCUCCGGACGAAAUUGGCGGAGCAUGGGUACCCUGUUAUGCCCAUCACAGCAUCUACAAGGAAGCUGCUAGUGAAAAAGUUAAAACUAGUGCUUGACAACAAAACUAAACCCCGUAACAACACUGACAGUAAAGCUGACAACAGGCGUUCCUUGGCACGUUAUUCCAGCGGUGAGGAAUCUGACUUAGACACUACGAAUAAUGGGAAGGAGAAGCGAGGACGGCGCGCCACCACCGGCGGGGCCAUGCUGCCGCCGGCCAGCAGCAAGGCCCGCCGCGGGACGCCCAAGAAGGAUUCCCCCGUAAAACGUGACUCUGACAAGGGCUCUGAAUCUGAGGAAGAAAAGUCGCCGGUUCGUACUCGCGAGGAAGUAGAAACAGUGACCACCCGCCGUGUCACGCGCACGUACGCUAAAGACGCAGAUGACUAUGAAACAGGUUCAGACAGUGAUGUUGACACGGAUAGAAAAACAGCAACACCAUUUCGCAGCAGUUCAAGGUCAAGUGACUAUAUUUCUAGCACAUUGCCGACAGUUGAUGCGGCUACUAGUCCCCCCAAGUCAUCUAUUUUCUCUCGGCCUUCCAUAUCUCCUACGGGCUUUGCCUCUACAUUAUCUCCUUCUGAGCAACUAACCUCUAUUAGAACUAGGCUGGGGCUGACUACAAACUUAUCAGACCGUCCAGCUGCCAGCACCUACACACCAAGUUUCUCCACUACAACAUACCGGCCAUCCACUUCCACUAUUGAUGAAGUUGAAUCUCCAUAUCUCAGUAACUUCACUCGUCGCUUGUCAGCUCUAAAAGCAGACCCAUUGAAAGCCACUUCACUGCUUGACCGUGACACUAACAAUGGAUCAAGCUUGCCUCCGCGCCGGUCCUAUGUUUCAAGUGUUUCCAGAUCUGAAGUUGGUGACUACAAAUCAACUAGUGACAAGAAAUUUUUGAAAAACAAUGUGGUGUCACUUGCUCUUGUUGGCAUUGCUGCACUUUUUUUUUUUUGCUUAUUUUUUAUGUACAUAGUUAAGAAAAACGAUAUCACUUCUGUGGUGGAUGACCAGAACAGUGUUAUCCCAAUUUGUCAGUUGAACAUUCCUGGCAAUAGACCUGGCAUCAACUGCGUGCCCAAGGAACAAGUGAGCUAUGCAAAAGAUUUGUUAAAAGUUAUACAUCCAGAACUGACAGUGCGGGCCGCUGCAUUUAGAUGUGGAAAGCCUAAUGCUCUCCCUUAUUUGACUGAAAGGGAAAUUUUGGACAUGGCAAGUGCUCGUACUGAUUCCAUAGACUUGAGCCAAUGUCGCACUGAUUUGAACAAUUUACAAGUACUGCUGGUCCACAACCCUCGCUGGGGACUCAGUGUUGUCCAGCUCAAAAAUGUGUACACUAAAGAUGCAGAAUACACCCCUCUCACUUCAACUGAUGUUGUAGUCCGUGAACGCAACAAGGGCAGUGUUGCAAUUGUCAUCACCGAGCCAUCCACUCCCCUGACUUGUUUGGUAGUAAACACCCUCUACUCUGCUGGCUCCACCCUCAUCAUAGUAGUAUUGCUCUCUGUCCUUAUCAUUGGUGUUCAAAAGGCAUGGAAAUACUACCAGAGCUACCAGAAAAAGAAGAGUGAUGAGAUCUAUUCCAUGGUGGAACAAAUUAUUGAUGUCAUCUCCCAAGAAACAGAGGAUAGUGGUGAUCCCUACAUUUCCAUUGAUCAUGUUAGAGACACUUUGAUUUCGCCUCCGAACCGCGAGAAAAUGCAAUCCAUUUGGGACGCGGCUGUGAAGUUCAUACAAAAGAAUGAGAGCCGAGUUCGCAUGGAGGUGCAGUCGGUGGACGGGGAGGACUGCCGCGUGUGGCGGUGGAUCUCGCCGCACGGCAGCCCCAAGCGCAGCGCCACAUGGCAGGGGCAGGCGUUCGAGUUCCAGGAGGGCUCUGUGAACAACUUGACGGUAUCCCCGACUCCGUGCCUGAAGAUCCGCAGCAUGUUCGACAAGAAUGACACGAACCCGAACUUGCGCUCGGUGAUCCAGGAGGCCAUACUGGAGAAGUGCGGGGAGGCGAAGAUCCUGCACAUUGAUGUGGAGCGCGCGUCGUGCUGCGUGUACGUGAAGUGCGCGAGCCAGGCGGACGCCGGCGUGGUGUACCGCUCGCUGCACGGCUGGUGGUACGAGGGCAACCUCAUCACCGUCAAGUACCUGCGUCUCGAGCGGUACAUGCAGCGGUUCCCUGACGCCCCCUCCAACGGACCCUAUCUGACCCGGAAACGCAACCCUUGGUAAUAUGCUUCCAGGCAAAACUCGUAAUGUAGCCACUUACUCAAGUAAUUUUGUAUUUACGAAAUUGGUGUUGUCAUGUUUGGGAGACUUCUACUUGCAUGUUAUUUAUUGUCAAUUAAUUCUUACUAGCCUUCAGUUGAUUUUGAUACAUUUUCUACCAUCCAAGUAAAAGAUUUGUGAAGGCUUUAUGCCAUUUAUUUUGUAUUGUUAUAAUUUUAUCAUUUAGAAUAGGGCUAAUCUAAUCACUGUGACCUUUCCCAAUAAAAUUUAAUGUAGCUAUUUGUAGGAGUAAGUCAAUAAACUCCCUUGAGCUGUGUCGUUAUCUUCUUAAACAGGUCUGGUAUCUAAUAUAUUUUUUGUGAAAAAAUUAUUUCAUUUUGUAAGAGAUAAGGAAAUUAGCAUAAUAUAAAUUCGAAUGAAUGGGUAACAAGGUUUCCAGGCUCUUUACUCUGGAUGGAUCGAAAUAUAUGAUAUGCUUCUAUGAGACAUACAUAUCAAAAGUUGGUUAGUUAGUAAACAAGCCUUGCUAAGCUGGGAUUUUAUACAACAGGUGCUUAUUAAAUUGUUAUCACCGCACGUUGUCUGUUUCAUUCAAAUUAAAGUUUGUGUAGUCACAUACAAUGACAUGGGUGUAAAUAUCUGACAUCACAUAAAUAAUUUCUAAUAUUAAUUAUUCUUUAAGUUUCUUGUAUUUGCCAGUCAUAACAGCUUAUGUUUGAUAAUGAAUUUUGGAACAAAUUGUUAAAAGUAAUUUAGUUUAAUUAGAUAAGUUAAAGGUAUUGCCGUCACAUACCAUAAUUUUGAAUUGAUAUUUUUGUUAUGGGAUAAGUUUAUGUUGCGAAGGCUCAGCAAUCUGAUGUCUGUUUUUAAUCUUUACGGUUGACAUAUUUUUUAGUUGUGUAUUAAGUACUAACUUCUCUAAUGUCUAGACUUAUUUUAUGGAUUGAUUUUCAUUUUUAAUAAAUAAUUACUGCAAA